CCGUGCCGGGUUGUGCGGGCAACGAGGCCGUCCGAGGAUGAGACGCGCUCGGAGGUUGGUCCAUCUGGUCGUCUUCUGCCCGUUCUCCAGGGCUCUGCAGAAGCGUCUCCCUGGUGUCAAAGUGAAGUACCUGUUCUUAAUGUGGUUAGGAAUCCUACUCGGCAGUUGGGUGCUUUAUAUGCAUUACUCCUCCUAUUCAGAAUUAUGCCGAGGUCAUAUCUGCCAAAUGAUAAUUUGCGAUCGUUAUAAGAAGGGAAUUAUUUCUGGAUCUGCAUGCAAGGACCUGUGUGAAGAAAAAAAACUGCUCUUUCAGCAAUGCCUGUCAUCAAACCCUGUGAAUCAGGUUUAUGGUGGUGUCUGGAGAGGGAAGGAAGUCAUUAUUAAGUGUGGGAUAGAAGAUGCUUUCAGAGCAGAUCUAAACCCUGAGACUCUGCCUCGGAGAGCUGUGCUGUUUGACAAACCAACCAGAGGGACCUCAAUGGAGGAGUUCAAGGAGAUGCUGCUAACAUUCCUUAAGGCUAGUCUUGGAGAUCAACAAUCACUUGGAAACCUUGUCACAAGAAUAAUCAGCAUGGCCGACAUUACCAGGAUUAAGAAGGUGUCCUUAGCAGAAGCCAAGUCUAUCUGGGCUUUGCUUCAGCUCAAUGAGUUUUUAUUGAUAGUUUCUCUACAUGAGAAAGAACACACAGCACAGUUGCUGGGCUUCUGUGGGGACUUGUACAUCACCGAGAAGAUCCCAUACCACUCCCUCUAUAGCAUCAAGAUGCCACGUUUCCUUGAGGCAGUUUUGCCUUCAGUGGUGCACAAAAGCCUGAACAGAUGGUUUGCUCCUGCAUGGCCCAGGCGAGCAGAAAUCACCAUUGGACUCCUAGAAUUUGUGGAGGAGAUUUUUCACGGCACUUAUGGUAGUUUUUACAUCUGCGACACCGACCCAGGUAACAUCGGCUACAAUGAGAAAUAUGAUUUUAAAAUGGUUAACCUCAGGAAGGUGGUAACAGAAAAUGACCUUAAAGAUUUCUAUAAAGGGCGUCAUUGUGAACACAACACAGACUGCACACAUGGGAAGGACUGCAUGGCAACUUGUGACAAACUCGUGAAGCAAUGCAAUACUGAACUGAUACAGCCAAAUCUGGCCAAAAUUUGUGGUUUACUGCAGGAAUAUUUGCUGUAUGGGGCACCCACUGAUUUCAGAGAUGAACUACAGAAACACUUACAAACCUGCAUGACACUGAAUGGCUUAGCAAGCCAGAUGGAGGUACAUCAUUCACUGCUGUUAAACAACAUCAAAACACUACUUUGGAAAAAAAUCUCUAACACCAAGUAUUCUUAAAGGGUCAGAGGUUCUCUAAACAUUGUAUCUGGUGGUCAUUAUCUAACAUAAUUUAUAAUUAGUAUCAUUGGUGUCAACAACUUUGUAAAGUUCUAGGCAAGUAGCUGUAGGUCCUAGUAAGACAAUUUAAAAUACCCUUUACAUUGUCAAAUCUUAAGCCUGUUAUAGUGUGAGGGAUGAAAAUGUUUAUUAAAGAUGAAACAUAGCAGUUGUAUAACAAGAAACAUUCAUUUGGUUGUGAGUUUUUGCUGAGUGUUAGGAAAUUGUCCCACUCAUUAUAGUCUCAAUCAAGAGUAGAACUUUAUCAACAAAAUGAGAUCCAUUAAUAAUACCUUCACCCUGCCAUCUCCUUCACCUUUCAUCUCGUUUAAUGUACAUUCACCAUGGGUUGAGUAUGUCCAGAAUAUAAGUGACUAGUAAAAUCAUCAGUCCCCUGAAAAAUGACAGAAUUUAAACAUUCACCUUCUGUAGAUGCAAGAGACUGCAGUUGCUGGGAUCUGGAGCAACAAUCUGCUGGAGGAAUUCAGUGUGUCAAGCAGCAUCUCUGGGAGGAAAGGAAUUGAUGCAGGGCUUCGAUCCAAAAACACCGACAAUUCCAUUCACCUUCUGCACAUUGACACUUACAUCUCCAAUCAAUUCCAGUCCUCAACUUUGCUUAUGACCUUGUUCUCAUCACCAGCACCCCCCACUCCUACCACCUUCGCUCUAGAGCAACAUCUCCUGCACACCAUGCCCUACUUUCCUUCACCCAAGCUUCACUCAGAUUUUCUAACCUCACCUGCACCAUAUAUGGGAGACAGCAAGAGAGAUGUGCCACUUUGGACUUGCUGAUCAGUCUGUCCCAAACUUUUGCCACCAACUGAAGUAGUUGCAUUCAAACUCUCACCUUCAUUGCUCAAUGUUUGAUCCAAGUCUUGGUUCCAUGCAAGGGGGUGGGGUGUUGAAUACUUCAUAAUGUACCCUCAGAAUCUUAUAGAGGGUUAGGAGGGAAAUGUGAACACUUUAAAUACAGUUCCAGUUCUAUCCAACAAUUCUCCUUUACAUGUGAAUGAUCCGAGCAGAUCAUGCCAGCUUUUCCCAGAAUUCUUCAAAAGAAAUUUUUUUUUAAUACUCUGGUUGGUUCCCUCAACCCCAUAUUUCCAUUAGUUUUGACUAAUGUUCAGUGUCAAGAGAAACAUUUUUUGCAACACCACUGUCACAUAUACUGGGUGCUGGAUCACGUGCAAUCGUGAGCUGCUGCUGUUCCAUCGAAGCAUCACUCAUCCCUACAACAGCAUCAGUCAAUAACUUCAUGCUUUCCUUUAACAUCCUUCAUCCCAGGUGAUCCUGAAGACAAAGAUUCCUUUGCCAGGUUGUAUCUGGUGAUGGUGUACCAGAUCAACGUCAGGAGUGCAUUCUUCACCAAAGUGCAGAACUUCAUAUCCUAACCUACGGCAAAAUUUCGUUUAGAUAUUUAGCAUUUAGUUUCACCUUUUUUUUUUGGAGAUGUUUGAGUUGCAGUCUUGACCUCUUCAAGAAAAAGACCCAAGAAAACCCACAACCCUUUCAGGCCAAUGCAGGGAAAGUCAUUAUCAGGCAGGGCUGACAGUGAGUUGUGUCCAUUCCAUCUCCAUCAUUCUUCCACAGUAGUUCCAUACAGACUGCUUGAAAACCAUCGAUUAGUUCAAAAUUCUAGUUACAAUCCCAAGGUAGGGGGCUCACCUGACCCCACAAUGCCCUUCUAACUUCUACAAAGGCACAUGUCAGGAGUGUGAUGAAAUACCAUCCACUUGCCUGGACAACUGCAGGACCAAGAAAACUCGAAGUUUAUACAUCCAGGACAAAGUAGCCACUUGACUGACAUCCCAACUUUCACCCUAAACAUUCAGUCUCUCCACCACAGCACAUAUGGACUGCAGUACCAGUUACAAAAUGCACUGCUGUAAACUCAUCAAGGCUUCUUCAACAUUUUUUCCAAAUCUACAACUUUUACCAUCUGCAAGGCAAGGAUAAUAUGCAUAGGGGAAUGCCACUGCCUGCAAAUUAGUCUUCAAAUGGUCCAUCAUCUUGCCAGAAAUAUGGUUACUUCAGCAUGAGUGAGCAUCCAUUCUGGAACUCCCUAACUAAUGCCACUAGGAGUACCCUCACCAGAUGGUCUACAGCUGUUUCAAGGUGACUCACCAGCACCCUCUUAAAGCCAAUCAAUGAUAGGUAAUAAAUAAC